AUUACUGUCAUCAUUUCCUCUCACUCCUUGCCCCCAUUUCUCCACCCUCGCCCGCUUACCACCCACCUCCGCCCCCAUUUUGGCUCCUUCCAGGCUCUUUUCACCUCUUGUGGAUUUUCCCCCUUUGCGCAACCCGGAGAGAACGGAAUCUGGGACAGGCAUUCAACUCGGGAUCCGAGGUUCCUCCCUGCUGCCCACUGCACUGUCCUCACUCGGACGGCAGCCCCAGCCCCGGGCCCAGCCCCAUGAGCCCUUUUCCCGAGCUCAUCCCCCUCACCCCCAAUCUCUGGCAUCCCCAGAAGAGGACAGAGACCCGGCCGAGGCCGUGAUGGAACCGAAAGAGCCGAGAUUCUGCGCUGCAAAGACAUGAAAACAAAAUAAGUUCAUCUUAACAGCAAUGCUUCUGAACCAGCAUACUCUAUUUAUUGCAUUACAAUUUUUCAUCCCAUGGGAGCUGACCCACCUUAUGUUUUCACAUGCCUUGCUGGAAAUUCCAGUGCAGUCUUGCAAUUUAACGAUGACAUCUCAUAAUUUUCAGCACAUUUUAUCUUGGAAAUCAAACAGCAUUGCCACUACGCCAAUUUACUAUACUGUAUGGUAUAAAAUUUGGAGUACCGUUGAAGAAUGGAAGGCUGUUGAAGAUUGCACAAAUAUCACAACGUUAUCCUGUGAAAUUACAGAUUUUUAUGAAAUUAGGGAAUGCUACUUUAUCAAUGUAACAGGCUUCAGUGGAGAGGAAAAAUUAGUUGAAUGUGUUCUAAAUUUCUUUCCCAUAUCAGAGACAAUUUUAGAUCCACCAGAAAUUAGUAUUUUUAAUUUCAAGGAUGCAGUUAAUGUCACUGUGCAUCAUCCAACAUUCUUAUCUAAGUUAAAGGAAAUAGAAAAAGACUUUUUCUCAUCAGUGGUCAUUAAAGUGGAGUCAAAUGGCAGUUCAAGUCAGGAUCUAAAAGUUGAAAUGGCUGACAAAGAAAAUGUAACUGUCACAACUGAUCCUCUGAUUCCAAAUUCAAAUUACUGUAUAUCUGCUCAGUGGAAACUUGUGCCUUCUGACAAAAUACAAUCAUCUUCAAAAUGUUUCACUUUUUCUCCUAGCCAAGAAUCAGAAAAAAGCACUUUAAUACCAGUAGUAUUUGUUGUUUGUUUCAUCAUCAUCCUUCUAAUAACAACCUUUGUGAAAACCCUGAAAAACACAGGAUAUAUAUGCAGAAAACCAAUACCUUCUCCCAAAGCAUUGGAUUUCCCACCUGUUACGCCUGGCCCCCUUCGAUUACACUAUGAGAAAAUUACAGUGGUAGAGAUCAUUUACAAAAUCAAGAAGAAAGAAAUGCUUAGAGAGAGUGAUGACAAAAGUGACAAUGAAGACAAAAGCGACAGUGAUUAUGAAUCAACUCAGAGAACAGGAAAUGGUUACAUCAUGAAUUGCCUUACCUCUAGAUCCCUAAGUCAGGACUCCACAUUCACCCAGAAAGAAGGUAAUCCCACUGGUUCGGGUCCAAAGGAUCCUGAAUGUCCAGAGACGAACCCUCCUCUGGCUGACGCAGGUAGUGCCACAUCAAAUCAGUUAAAGGCUGGCCCAGAUGAAAAGGGAGUGAGUCGUCUCUGGAGCUUCAUUUCAGAAGGUAGUGUCCUUUCUUCUGAAUCAGAAGACUGUUCUAAUUUUAAUGUGAAUUUAAACACUGUAUUUGUGGGAGACCCUGGAGAUAAUAAUGCAUCAGAAGAAGAUGAUGCUCAGAUAUUAUUGCCUGUGCAAGAAGAUAAAACCAACUUAGUGGAUUCAGAUGGAUCUGAACUUCUAAGUCAGGCUGCCUGUGGAAAGACACCACUUCUCCAUGUCCCCUCUGCAGAACAUCUCUGGUCUGAAAAUUCUUCCUCGGAUGAAAGUGCUACUUCAGAGUCAGACAAGGACCAGAGAGGUGGUUAUCUAAGAAGAUAAAUCCUGAUAAAACUUAUAGACAUUCAUGAAUAUAAUGUGCUCUCUCUUCCCUCACUAGUUGUAUAUGGUCCCAAACCAGACCAUAUCUAAACUAUCAGGAUAAAAACCAAAUGUGCUAACUAAAUGCGUGGGAGUGAUAUGAAACUUAAUUUUAUGUAAAACACUGUUAAAAUCCAUUAAAGUGAAAGUGCAAGAGUUUUCUGAGCUAGAAUGCUUCUAGAAGGCAUAAAAAAUCAGGACUAAAGGAGGAGUGGAGAGGGGGCAGAUAAAAAGUUAAGAACAAAACGGCUGGGGAAAGGUACGUGACUCAGUGGAUUGACAGUCAGGUCCAGAGAUGGAAGGUCCUGGGUUCAAAUUUGACUUCAGAUACUUCUGAGGUAUGUGGCCUUGGGCAAGUCACUUAACCCUUGCCUAGUCCUUGCUGCUCUUCUACCUUAGAACAAAUAUUUAGUAUUGAUUAUAAAACAAAAGAUAAGGGCUAAACAUUUUUUAAAGAAAUAAAGGACUUUAAUGAAGACAAAAUUUGACACUGGCAAACCUCAGUAAAGCCAAGAGAUAGUGGAAACAUAGAUAUAUGUGGUCUGGAGAAAAAGAGCAUGUUAUUAAUUAAUGGUUCAGUGAUUCUCAGUGUUAUAGGUUCAGCUGGAUUGGAAAUCAGAGGACUCGAGUUUUGUCUUGAUAGAAUUUAAUAAAUGUAAGCUGAGGUACAAAAUUCUGAGCUUUAUCCAUUUAUUAGCAGAACAUAAACAUGUUAAUAAAGUGGGUCAAGUGACUACCACAAUUAGGCCAAUGACCCAGAGAAGGAGAUAUAACUCAUUUUCAUCAGUAUAGGAAAAAAGAACAAAACUGGUAUAGGAAAAAAGAAUAAAUAAAUAAAUAAAAGUGGGAGAAAUUAAGUAAUUGGUUAUAAAGCUGGUGGCAUUGUGGGGGCAAAGACAAUAUAACUUGUUUGAAAUUGGGGAUGAAGGGCUAGGAGCAGCCUUCUCCUUUCCUGUGACAAAGAAAUGUUCGUUGUUUGUGUCUAUCUGCAAGAUUAGAGAUAGUGGACCUGACUUCUUUGGAUACUAAGCCAGAUAUCCUUGAAAGAUAGAUUGGUGGUAUAAAGAUUCUAGAUCAGACUCCCUGGUGUCCACCUGCAUCUCUCAAAGAUAACAGCUUUCCUUGAAGCAAGAAGAAAAGAGUAAUUAGUAGGAAAACUGUACUGAGCUGAUAGGCAAAGAGACAAAAAAAUGUGACUUGAGUGAUGAAUAGGACCAAUUACAGAGUAAAUUCAAUUAUAAAAUGAUACAAAAUCAAUUAAAUUUCUUCACUUUGAAUCUUUCUCCGCCAUUUACUGCUCUGUGACCUUGAAAAAGUCAUUUUCCUUUUCCAAGCCUGGAUUUCCUCAUAUAUAAAUUAAAACAGUUGGAUGAUGAUCUAUAUAGUCCCUUCCAGUUCUGUUCAUGAUCUUUUAUGUACCAGAGUUUCACCACCACUGCAGGUGAGGGGACUUUUUUGUUUUUUGUUUUAAUUUGUUUUAUUGAUACCUUUUGUUUUAGAGUGCAACCAUUUCUCAUGCUUACCUCCUAGAUUGAACCAUUGAACCAUUGUAAGAGAAAAAAAGUAUAAAAAUAUGUAAUAAAGGAUCCUUUUCUAAUAAUUUAUUAAAUAUUCUGCCCUCCUGUUCCCCAUUUCUCUACAAAGAGAGAGGAGAUGUGACAAUUCCCCAUGCUUGAAAAGUUCUAUAUCCUCACCUCUGUGUGAGUGACAAGGCCAGCAAGGUGCUGUUUGAUAAACCCAAAGACCACAUUUACUAAAAUUCAUUAUCUGACAAAAACUGCUAGAAAAAGUGGAAGGCCAUGUGGUAAAAAUUAGAUAUAGAUCAGCCUCUCCUUCCAUAUACCAAAAGAGACAUCACAAACAAGUAAAAGAGUAAGGAAGAAAUUAACUUUCAGAUCUGUGGAUAGAACCAUUCAUGAACAAAAAAUCAAAAGGACAAUCUUGGUUGCACAAAAUUUUUCAAAAUUUAACACAAAGUAAAUACAAUUAAAAUUAGAAAUAAAGUAGAUAACUAGAAAGUGAGAGAAGGCCUGACUGGGUGUGUCUGUGUUGCCUACUAAAGAGCUCUGAAGUUCUUUCAUUCAAGAGAACUGCUUCUCACUAUAUUAGUGUUAUACUUUUUUCUACAUCCUUUUGAGGGUGAUUGUAAGUUAAAUGAGUUUAUUCCUAUUUCAUCACUGGGCAGCUAGAGUGCCAGGCCUGGAGUCAAGAAGAUGAGUUCAAGUCUGUCCUCAGAAACAUAUUUGCUGUGUGACCCUGGAUAAGUCAUUUGUUUGCCUCAGUUUCCUCUUCUGCAAAAUGAGCUGGAGAAGGAAAUGGCAAGCCACUCCAGUAUCUUUGACAAGAAAACCCCAAAUGGAGUCAGAAAGAGUUGGGAAUGACUGAAAUGGCUAAAAAGCACAGUUUUAUCCUUUCAAGAGUAGAAGUAGAGGUUUUUGUUAUAAAGAUUUUUUUAAUUUAGUUCCCUAUGAAUUUGAGUAAUUAAACCUUAUCAUAGGGAGCUAAAUCAAUUGUACAAAAACUCAAGCCAUUUCCCAAUUGAUAACUGGGCAAAGGACAUGAAUAGGCAAUUUUCAGAUAAAGAAAUCAAAACUAUUAAUAAACACAUGAAAAAGUGUUCUAAAUCUCUUAAAAUUAGAGAAAUGAAAAUCGAAACAACUCUGAGGUAUCACCUCACACCUAGCAGAUUGGCUAACAUGACAACAAAGGAAAGUAACAAAUGUUGGAGGGCAUGUGGCAAAAUUGGGACACUAAUGCAUUGCUGGUGGAGUUGUAAAUUGAUCCAACCAUUCUGGAGGGCAAUUUGGAAAUAUGCCCAAAGGGCACUAAAAGACUAUCUGCCCUUUGAUCCAGCCUUCUGGGUUUAUACCCCAAAGAGAUAAGAAGGAAAAAGCCUUGUACAAAAAUAUUUAUAGCCACAUUCUUUGUGGUGGCAAAAAAAAAUUGGAAAAUGAGGAGAUGCCCUUCAAUUGGAGAAUGGCUGAACACAUUGUGGUGUCUGAUGGUGAUGGAAUACUCUUGUGCUGAAAGGAAUAAUAAAGUGGAGGAAUUCCAUGGGGACUGGAACAACCUCCAGGAAGUGAUGCAGAGUGAGAGGAGCAGAACCAGGAAAACAUUGUACACAGAGACAGAUACAUUGUGGCACAAUUGAAUGUAAUGGACUUCUCUACUAGCAGCAAUGCAAUGACCCAGGGCAAUUCUGAGGGAUUUAUGAGAAAGAACUCUAUCCACAUUCAGAGGGAGAACUGUAGGAGUAGAAACAAAGAAGAAAAACAACUGAUUGACCACAGGGGUUGGUGGGUAUAUGAUUAGAGUUGUAGACUCUAAAUCAUCACCCUAGUGCAAAUGUUAAUAAUAUGGAAAUAGGUCUUGAUCAAUGGCACUUGUAAAACCCAGUGAAAUUGAGCAUUGGCUAGGGGAGCAGGGUGGGAGGAAAAGAACAUGAUUCAUGUAACUAUGGGGAAAUAUUCAAAAUUAAUUAAUUAAGUCAAUAAACUUUUAAAAAAAAAAGCAGAAGUAGAACAGAGUUGCCCAGCAAGUAUGUGAUGAGGAUCAGAAAGAAAACAAUUAGACAGAAAUAGCUUUGGCUUCCUGUGGAAUAGACUGUUCUUGAAGAGACUGAGAAUGCAGACCAGAGUGACCCUGAAGGCUUACUCAUGUCUUUUUGCUAGCUUUCUAUAAGCGUGCGCCCAUUCUCUUCCAUGAAUGCUGUCUUAGUGAGGGAGCAGGAUUCAGGUUUAUGUGUUGACUGAUAUGCUGCAUAUUUUUGUAUUUGCAUUGGAACUACUAAAUGUAAUGAUAAUUUUGACUUAUUGUUAAAUAAAUGUUUUCUGUUUAAGGGUGA